AUGCCAACACCAUCAUCAAAUCCGCCGGUCGAAGCCGCUUCGCCUCGGUCCUACAGUUUCUCGACAUGUCCUGACGAUGUUCAACAUCAACCACGUCCUAACUGGCAGUCACACGACAAUAAUCAAAUCCACGAUGCUGAUCUACCCGACUCCAAUCUUUCUGUUGAUGUCGGCUCGCCCCUUGCCGUCGACGACGCGCCGGCUGCGCCCGAAGGCCCAAGCGACGAUGCCAUCAUGUACGAUGGGCGUCCUUCGGAUGAACAGUCCUCAAGGUCUUCCACCAUGUCUCCUCGUCCUCAAACCGCUACUACGGCUGCCACGACUCCAAUGCCUAGCGGCCUAGCGUCUGAAAUCAAGGGAAGAGAGGCCGAGAUCGGCAGUCAGUUGAGUCGAGAGCCUUCGAAUAGCACGCAACGAGCAUCUGAAACCGAAUCGAUCGCACGAGAACCAUCCAGACGGAGAGGAUCGCCAAAUGGAGAGUUAGAUUGGGUCGAUAUCGAUGCACAAGAAGAUGAGCUUUGGUCUCCAUCCAUGGGCUCUGACUUUUCAUGUAUGAGGACUAUCCCGUCGGCUCCUUCAUCUUACCUACGUCCGGGCAGCAAAUUCCAUGGCACGCAACAGUCAGAGAGGCAGGUCUACGACGUCCAGGUCGAAAUUAAGCAUGUUGACAUGCGAGAGUCUUUUCUCUGUGGCUAUUUGCGUAUCCAAGGUCUAACUGAAGACCAUCCCACUCUCACGACAUAUUUCGAGGGCGAAAUCAUUGGUUCCAAGUACAGUUUCUACACGCAACACGAGAACUGGGGCGCAAAUAGCAAGGUCGAUUUGAGUCAUUGGGCCAAGUUCACGGCUUUCCGUCCUUUCCAAAAACAAGCUCGCAAGGGACCUGUCACCAUUCGAGAUGCUGCCCAACGAGAAACCAUCUUUAUGCGCUGGAAAGAGCACUUUUUGGUUCCAGACCAUCGAGUUCGCACGAUAACGGGUGCCAGCUUUGAGGGCUUCUACUACAUUUGCUUCAACCAGGUCAAGGGUGAAGUAAGCGGUAUUUACUUUCACUCUAAAAGCGAAAAGUUCCAGCAACUGGAGCUGAAGCAUGUCCCCGACAGGGGAUGCUUUGCCGCUACCGAAUUUCGUUAA